UGCCUAAACACCGCCACCGGAGAAACGAAACACCUCCGCAGGAACAAUCCCGUCAUCGUCACUUUUCAACUUCACAGCGACCUUCGAACCCAGAAACCAGAUAUCUCUGAUUUUGAUUUAACUGCACUGGUCACACUUGUCCUGUGUACACUUGUCCUCCUCCAUCCCGCGCGAAAGCCUCAUCCCAGCUUUCAUCCGCCCUUCCACCCUACCCAUCGUGACCCAGCCAGCGCCACAUUGAUCAAGAUGCGAAUACAAUCAAGUGGAGUUUUACUCCUCCUCUCCACCCUCCUACCAAGCCUCGCAUCUGCCUCCGGCUUCGACUGCGCGCACAUCAAGCUCGACAAUUACAAAUACGAUCUCAGUCCCCUAAAAGGCGUCCACGAGGUGACUCACACCGACACGACAGAGGACUACGUGACGAAUACAACCUACCGAUUGAAUAUUUGCAAUAUUCUCGGGGGUGCUUCCCGGUUCGGCGAUGCGACGUGCGGGACUAGCAAAAACGUUUGCGGAUUCGUGCACCGAGUAUCAAAGGACGGAAAUGGCGGCUCUACGUUCGGUUUCCCGAUCGUCGGUCUCGACCCCGUUGGCCAAGGCUCGAAGAACCCGGAACUGAAGCGUUUGAAGGAUAUCGACCCGGAGACCGAGGGACUGCGCGUUAGGCUGGAGGGUGGAUCAUACAAGGGAGAUGGCAAUGACCAGAAGGCCAAGAAGGCAGGCGCUAUCAUCGAGUUCCAGUGUGACCACGAGCGAUCUGGACUGGAGGGCCUGCAUACGCUUGAAGAGGACUUGGAAACGAAAGAACGACGACGAAGAGCGGACGGUGAGGAAGGUGGUGCCCCGUCGGGCAACAGCACCAGUAGUUUGCAGUUCAAGAGCUUUGGUCCGUCGGAUGAUGAUACCUACAUCCUGAGACUGGACUGGCGCACAAAGUACGCCUGCGACGGGUACGAGAAGGAUAAGGGUGAUACCCCCGGCUCUAAUAGCUGGGGUUUCUUUACCUGGUUUAUUAUCAUUGCCUUCCUCUGCAUCGCCGCCUACCUCAUCUUCGGCUCCUGGCUCAACUACAACCGCUACGGCGCCCGUGGCUGGGACCUCCUCCCUCACGGCGACACCAUCCGCGAUAUCCCAUACCUCUUCCAGGACUGGCUCCGCCGUGUGGUCAAUACUUUGCAAGGAGCCGGCUCGCGGGGUGGUUACAGUGCCGUAUGAAGGAACUUGGCUUGGAUAGAUUGGUUUCUAUAGUCGUUUGUACUUUUGGAUGAAGAUACAAUAUCUUCUUUUUCUUACUGGGCUGUUUCGGCCGGGGGUUCAAUGUCUUGCUUGCAGGUAGUCUGCAAAUGUUUCUCGAGUUUGUAUGGCGCUAGAUGAGGAGUUUAUAUGUUUGGCCAUAAUGAAUGAUAUGAUUUCAAGGCCAGUUAUUGGGA